UCUAAGGUUUGGCAGGUCGAGGCGGUGAAAUUCCGUAGACACGCCAGAAUCAUUACCAGUUUGGUGCGUUUAGAGGCUUUCAUCAUGAGGAAGGUGUUUUUGGUUCUGUUAGGCAUCGCCAUCGUCCUGCUUGCUUCAGCUGAGGGUAGGAAAAGUCGUAAGCGGGGAGGAAAAGGUAAAGGAAGUUUGUCUCGGCCAGACAAAAAAGCAUGUGUCAAAAACUGCAUCAGUUGCAACCGCGAAGGAACCUGCCUCGAGUGCGAUGAUGGAUUCGCCAAAGUUACCUUCCCGAAACGAUCCAAAACAGUAUGUGUUCCUUGCAGCAAACGAGGAAAAAAGACUGCUUUGAAUCCAGAUAUGUCCAAAUGCCCUCCAGUACCUACGUCAGAUCCUUCGCUGAGCUGUCCGAAAAAGUGCUCCAGUUGCAACAAUGGAGUGUGCCUUGUUUGCGAAAGGAGUUUUGCUUUAGUUACUGGACGUAAGAAUAAAACAGCUUGUAUUCCCUGUGCUACUGGGAGAAACGGUAAAAGGAUUGACAAAUCACAGUGUGACUCAGGAAGUUGUGGGAAAAAAUGUCAAACAUGCACAAAUGGAACGUGUACAGAAUGUGCAAACGGGUUUGAACUGCACCGAGACAAGAAUAUGUGCAAAAAGAUAAAAGAUUGUGGACAUGGCUGUAAGACUUGCGUUUCAGGAGUAUGUUCCGAGUGCAACGAGGGCCUGGUUUUCGGCCGCAAAUCAAGACGCUGCGUGAAAGCUUGUUCACGAGCAGACCCCAACAAUAAAGCGCAAGCCUGUGAGGGAAAACGUAAAGGAAAGGAACGAAAAAAGAACGGGAAAGGAGGCAAAGGAAAACCAAACCGAAAGACGCCACCGAACCCAACACAGCCCACAGCUGAGCCGCACUAAUAUACAAGCUAACUUCAAAAAAUAACCGUAAUUACUCAUCUGACCAAGUGUAAACUCAGCGUAACCGAGUACUGCUAGUGUGGACAGGCUAUCAUUUGAGGAUAAGAAAACCGCGUAUUUUCAAACACUCGAUCACUGAAAACCCUUUCUCUUUUAAUUCAACUCCUUCUGUAGUGUAUAAUUAGACUAUAGUGGUGGGGCAUCUUUUAUAUUCCACAAGGAUAGUCCAAAAAAAUCCGCAAAUAUCAAAACCCACCAAGUGUGUGUGCUAUUCAGUUACCACACUAUUAUUUCUCAUUUCAUCUUGACGACAUCCUGUCCACACGCUACCUUCUAUUACCUUUUCAAACAUGUAAUCAUUGAUCAAAUCUUACAUUUAUAUUUUACACUGUGUAGAGGGUUGCAUUCAGGCGUUUGAGAACAAAGGUUGGAAUAAUUUGUUCAAUAUAGCCUUUUACAGUUUUUUUUCUCUGAAACUUUGUAGAAUUUUAUGCUUGAGUGCCUUACGCAUCUCGUUUAAGUAUGAAUAUAGAACUGACGAUGAUAUACAGAGUCUAUUUACAGAGUACAGAGUAUGAAUAUAGUUCGGGGCUGUCUCAAGUAUUAUGUGCUUUUUAAUAAAGCUUUUUAUAAAUUUUCCA